AUGGCCCAACAAACUUUUCCAAUGGAAUCCUCUUCGCUGAAACAACACGCCAUGAAAGGCAUGACAAUGAAGCGCAACACAUCCGAGAGCACAAUGAGCAGCAGCAGCAGCAAUAACGUGAGGAAUCGUGCCACCAUGAUCCGUCAAAAGCACGCCAACUCCCAAGAACUCAAGACAAGGAUCCGAUCGUACCGUCGUGUUUCGAUUGAAUCGGACGACAAGGGACUCCACGAUGACGCCGAAGCCGUGCGAAAGUCUCUGCAAACUCUGGAGGAAGUCAUGAACGCCAUGAAUGCUCGUACUAGCUCCGGUUCCGGACUCCGCAAGGCCGUCUCGAUCGGUUCCAUGGCCGUGUUGCAUCAAAGUCAAAGCAGUAACAGCAUGCAGCAACAGCAAACUAGCAGCAGCAAAAGCAGUCGACCGCCGAGUCGAAGGAUCCAGUCGGUUCUUGCCGCCAAGCCAUUGGCUGCUCACACCAGACAAAAAUACAACAUGGACAAGUACAUGGAUACCGCGUCCAAACGCAACGCAACCUUUCCCAUCAAAAAGAAGAAGAACUCCAGCAGUGCAGCUCCACGUAGAACCAACAGCAAGUCCUCCGCCAUGGCCACCAUGUCCUCCCUGUUGUCCUUCACUUCCGCGUCCAAACAAAAAAACGCAGUCUUCCCCGUCAAGCCCACUAGAGCGGUUCCAAGGCGACAAAGAUCGGGAUCUGGGAUUCCCAAAGCUGCCUUCCAGCGCUCCAACAGCAACCGUGGCCUCGGAGUCUAA